GACGGCACUCGCGUCGACGUAGAAUUAUUUCUCGAACUUCCUUUUUGAGGAUGAAGGAGUCGUCGAGGAAAGACUUCGCUUACGCGAUGACACCGAUGAAGAUCGUAUCGUGGCCUGUUGGUACCUGGCCUCUUCAAAAUUACGGUAUCUUCUCCGCUAUGCGUGGCAUCAUUGUGAUCUCUCUUGUGUUGCUAAUGCUAGCCAUCUUGCAAAUGGAAAUAUACUUAGACAGCGGCGACGCUGGAAAAACCGUGGACGCUUUGAUAUUAAUUACAAGCGGCGUUGUAGCUUUGUCAAAAAUUAUAUGGUUUCGUAUUCGACCUGGUGGCCUUAUUUCGAAUUUUACCUCUGCGGUUAAGGAUUAUGAAGAAUUGGAGGGUCAGGACAAACGAUUGAUAGUACGAAGACACGCUUAUAUAGGCAGAGUAGCAUCUGCUAGUGUGAUAUUUUCUUCGUACAUCGGCUCCACUCUUUACAUGACCAUUCCUAUGCUGGCUGGAGAUGAAGAAAAGGAUAUAGUUAACGUAACAGAAGAAAGUACAACGGAUUACCCUAUACCUUCCGAAUGUGUAAUGGCCGUUAUACAAUUGCCGGAUAAUUUGUACUUUAUGGUUUUUAUCAUAGAGUACUUGAUGCUGAUAUUCACCAGCACUGGAAAUUUAGGAAGCGAUUCGUUGCUCUUCGGUAUCAUUUUUCACCUGUGCGGCCAGGUAGAAAUUUUGAAGCUGGAAUUCAAUAAACUGAGCAACGAGAAUGAAAGAACGAUGGAACAUUUCAUCGUAUUAAUCAAGAGGCAUAUUUACUUACUGAACUUAGCCAAGAUGCUGAACGAGACGAUCAGCUUUGUCUUGGUUGUGCAACUAUUCACGAGUUGUAUACUUAUUUGUACAACGGGAUUUCAAUUUAUUCUCGAACUGAGCAUUGGAAACAUAGUCAUGGCGAUGAAAACAUUUAUAGUAAUGAGCUGUCUGUUGGUUCAAUUGUUUGCAUACAGUUACGUGGGUGAAUAUUUAAAGCGUCAAAUGGAAAGCGUCGGUGACUCUGUGUACUUCUGCAGCUGGUAUCAUGUACCGAAAAAUAUAGCAAAAGGUAUUGUUUUUGUCAUUAUGAGAAGCCAAGAUCCAGUUUCCUUGAAAGCUGGGAAAUUCUUUAUCGUCAAUAUGGAAACGUAUAUGAAUAUUCUGAAAACAUCGAUGUCGUAUCUUUCAGUCCUUCGAGUAAUGGUAAAUCCUGAUGGUAUUCACGAUAGCGUGGAACUGUUCGUUGAUCUUCAUCUUGCGAGGAUGAAGGCCUCAUCGCGUAAAGACUUCGCUUACGCGAUGACUCCGUUGAAGAUUGUGUCGUGGCCUGUAGGUACCUGGCCUCUUCAAGACUACGACAUCUUCUCAGCUAUGCGUGGCACCAUAGUGAUCUUUCUUAUGCUACUAAUGCUAAUGAUCGUGCAAACGGAGAUGUACUUCGACAGAAGCGAUGCCGAAAAAAACCUUGACGCCCUACUAUUAAUUGCCUGCGGUAUUUUGGCGGUGUCAAAGAUUAUGUGGUUUCGUAUUCGACCAGCUGGUCUUAUUUCGAAUUUUACCUCGGCCGUCAAGGAUUAUAACGAUUUGGAAGACCAAGAGAAACGGGCGAUAAUGAGGAUGCACGCUUAUAUGGGCAGAGUGGUGUCUGGCAGUGUGAUCAUUUUCGCGUAUGUUGCCACGGUUCUUUUCAUGAUUGUGCCUGUGCUAGCUGAUGUGGAAGAGGAAGAUAUAUUUAACGUAACGGAGGAAAGUGUACCGGAUUAUCCUAUGCCUUCCGAAUAUGUAAUGGAACUUAUAAAAAUGCCGGAUAAUUUAUACUUUAUAGUUUUUAUCAUAGAGUGUCUGAUGCGGCUAUUAGUAAGCACUGGAAAUCUAGGUAGCGAUUCGUUGUUCUUCGGCAUCACUUUUCAUCUGUGCGGUCAAGUGGAAAUUCUAAAGCUAGAUUUCAAUAGACUAGGCAACGAGAACGAAAGAACCAUGGAACAUUUCAUCGUAUUAAUCAAGAGGCAUAUUUACUUACUAAAUCUAGCCAAGAUGCUGAACGAGACGAUCAGUUCUAUCUUAGUCGUGCAACUAUUCGCGAGUUGUAUACUUAUUUGUACAACCGGAUUUCAAUUUAUUCUCGAUCUGAGCGUUGGAAACAUCGUCAUGGCGAUAAAAACAUUUAUAGUAUUGAGCACUCUGUUGGUGCAAUUGUUUGCAUACAGCUACGUGGGCGAAUAUUUAAAGCUUCAAAUGGAAGGCGUUGGUGACUCGGUGUAUUUCUGCAGUUGGUACGAUAUACCGACAAGCAUGGCAAAAGAUAUUAUUUAUAUCAUUAUGAAAAGUCAAGAUCCAGUUUCCUUGAAGGCUGGCAAAUUUUUCAUCGUCAACAUGGAAACAUACAUGAGUAUUCUGAAAACUUCGAUGUCGUACCUUUCAGUGCUUCGAGUAAUGGUAAAUGCUUGAAGUGGUAUUAGUCCAAUAAAGCACAAUACAAUAAUAAAUAUUAUACUUUUGAUGAUUCAAUAUUCAUUUCAAAUAUUCGAAAUCAAAUUGAUUUGGAGCCGAAUGUGCGCAGUAGAUCGUCUCAGUAGACUGUUAUAAUCG